AUGGGCACCGCUUCCUUCUUGAAGAGGGCCCAGGCUCUGCUCCGCAUCCGGAACCAGCUGGUGCGGGAGUGCCUGGCUGAGCUGCUGGCUGUCUUCGUGCUUAUUCUGAUCACCCUGAGCGGCUCGGCACAGAUGGUCACCAGCUCCGGGGCAAAGGGGGACAUCGUCACCGCCUACCUGGCAGGCGCCCUGGCCAUCAUGGUGGCCAUCCACACGGCAGGAGGAGUCUCUGGGGCCCACCUGAACCCGGCGUUCUCCUUUACCAUGUGCCUGCUGGAGCAGUUUCCCUGGUGGAAGUUUCCCAUCUUCAUGGCCGUGCAGAUCUUGGGAGCUUUUAUCUCCGCCGGAGCUGUCUACGUCCUCUACUACGAUGCCAUCUGGCACUACAGCAAUGGGACCCCCACCACCUCCGGCCCCCGGGAAACCGCCUCCAUCUUUGCCACCUACCCCGCUGACUACCUCUCCCUCUCCAACGGCUUCUUGGACCAGGUGAUAGGCACAGCGCUGCUGAUCAUGGGCAUCCUGGCCAUGCUGGACACCCGCAACAAGAGUGUCCCCAAGGGCCUCGAGCCGGUGGCCAUGGCCCUGCUGGUGUUCUGCAUCGAGAUCUCCAUGGGCUCCAACUGCAGCUGCCCCCUGAACCCCGCGCGGGAUUUUGGGCCCCGGCUCUUCACCUACGUGGCGGGUUGGGGCGCGGAGGUCUUCAGCAGGGGCAAUGGGUGGUGGUGGGUGCCGGUGGUGGCACCGCUGCUGGGGGCCACUGUGGGCUCGGCCCUGUACCAGCUCCUCGUGGCUUUCCACCACCCGGAGGAGAGUGACCCCCAAGCUGAGCAGAACUCCCUGGUCCUCGUCAGCGCCGCCAUCCCCCCAGACACCAAGAUAUCACCGGGGGAGAAGGAUGCCGGGGGGAUGCUGCCCCAGAAGAAUUGA